AUGAAGCGUAUGGGCAAGAAGCAAGAAUUGAGGAGAAACUUCCGUACUAUGUCGACUAUCGCUUUCACCAUCAUCCUUCAGGGCACCUGGGAGGUUCUUCUUACCGCUACCACUUCGGGAAUGGUCAACGGCGGUCUUGCAGGUCUCGUAUGGUCUUACAUCUGGACAUUCUUCGGUUUCACCUUUGUCGUCUUCUCGCUGGCCGAGAUGGCAUCCAUGUGCCCAACCGCUGGCGGUCAAUAUCACUGGAUUUCCGAAUUCGCUCCUCCAUCGCAACAGAAGAUUCUGAGUUUCCUCGGUGGUUGGAUGUCAACCCUCUCUUGGCAAGCCGGUACAGCCUCUGGACCAUAUCUCGUCGGUACCUUGAUCCAGUCUUUGAUCUAUGAAAAGGACCCCAACUACGGCUACGCAAACUGGCAAGGUACCUUGUUGGUCAUUGCUAUCACUCUCGUCGUAUGGGUCACAAACAUCUGGGGAUCCAGAGCCAUGCCUGUUUUCCAGAACCUCAUGAUGAUUGUCCACGUCUUUGGUUUCUUGGUCAUCAUUGUCAUGAUUUGGGUCCUCGCUCCCAGAAACAAAGCAUCGGAUGUCUUCGGAACUUUCACCAACUCUGGUGGCUGGAGCUCCAUGGGUCUCUCCUUGAUGGUUGGUCAAGUUUCGGCCGUAUAUGCCUGUAUCUGUUCCGAUGCAGCUGCCCACGUCAAGGAUGCUGGAAGAAACGUCCCAAGAGCAAUGAUCUGGUCUUACUUCUUGAACGGCGCCCUGGGUCUUGUCUUCUUGAUCACAUACAUGUUCAGCGUUGUCGACCUUUCUGGUGCCAUUGAUGAUGCCAGCAAUGGUUCCGGCUACCCAUACAUGUAUGUCUUCACCAACGCCUUUAGUAUGCCCGCUUUCAACACCCUCUCGGCAAUCGUUAUCAUCCUGAUUUACGCUGGCACUCUCUCCUACAACUUGUCGACCUCUCGCCAGACUUGGUCCUUCGCUCGUGAUCAAGGUUUACCCUUCAGCAACUGGAUCGCCAAGGUCGACCCCAAACUCGAGAUUCCUAUCAACUCAGUCACUGUCACUUGCAUGUUCACCAUCUUGCUCUCGCUCAUCAACAUUGGCUCUGACGCCGCCUUCAACGCCAUCGUCUCUCUCAACCUGACCUCUCUGAUGAUCACCUACGUCGUCAGUAUUGGCUGUGUUCUGUACCGCCGCAUUACUCAACCCGAAUCUUUGCCCAAGUGCAGAUGGUCUCUUGGACGCUGGGGUGUUCCUAUCAACACGUUCGCCGUCUUGUACUCGAGCUUUGUGUUCUUCUGGAUGUUCUGGCCUCAGACCACUUCCAAGGCUGCCGCCGACUUUAACUGGUCGGUGCUCAUGUUCAUGGUUGUCUUUGUGGUCGCUGUUGUCGACUGGGUCUUCAGAGGAAGAAAGGUCUACACUGGUCCUGUCACCCUGACUGAGGGCUACAAGGGCGAGUAA